UUUCUGAGCUUAAGAAAUAGUUUCCAAAUUUUUAUCCCCGCAAUGCCGCCAUCCCGAGGCUACAAUAAUCGCGCUUCUCCACGCAUGGAUCCAGAGGACGCCUAUUACUCCAACUCCAGCGAUGAGGAACGAUUGGAUCGUCAAGCCAACGAUCGCCGCCUUCGUCAAGCGAUUGCUUAUUUAGCAAACGAAGGUGGUGAAGACAAACCUGCCACGUAUAUCCGUCGGAUUCAAGCCAUCGACGAGCAUAUCCUCAAAGGAUACAGUGCCGAGAACUACGCCUUCGAUCCCAGCUUGUAUAGGCAGUUACGCGCCAUGGUACGAGAAGUUCAGGGCGAUCUUGAUUAUGCUGCCGAGGAGGAAAUCGUCAUCAACCCGGUGGAGAGCGACGCGAGCGACCCUGAACCCAUCGAAGCACUCUAUAGAACUGACGAUGGACCCGAUGAUGAUGCCGCGGGAGGAUCCGAUGAAGAUUCACCCUCUUCUUCUAACCGAGCCGACCGACUGCUGACAUUUCGCAACCCACUUAUAAAGGGCAAUGGAAAAUACGUAGAUUGGGAUGCUGUACCAUCAGAGAAACAAUUCAAGUAUGGACAAGAGCUCAAAAUUCCUCCGGAGAGGUGGCUCAAGACUUUCCCGCCAAUGAUUCCCUUCGGAGAGACGCUCUACAUGCAAGAGUGGGAGAACCUGAAGAUCCACUUCGAUCUGUCCGAAGCCAAGAACCAGGAAACUGCGGUAACCACCAACGUCCCCUACGAGAUUCUUUCGGACGAAUUUCAUCCCAAUGAAGAAACUUUCCAAUCCGGCUCUCGUUUCAGACUCCCAAAAAUAUCCGAGGGAAUGAGGAAGCAAGUUGAAAGAAGUAUGGAUAUUGAAAAGACGGUCAAUGAGUUCAACAAUUUCGUUUCAGCGCGGAUCAAGACGAAGCAUAACCCUAAUAAGGCAACUGUUCGUGCACCUCGACUCUUCCUCAGAAAAGUUUCUUAA